CACAUGACAGAAAGUUUCUCAUAUCUCCCCCUCGCGGUUCAUGAGUUCAGUGAUGGUGGAAAAUGGCGGCUAGAUGAGUCUUUCCACUCCUACAGAGAAAAGAAAAAGUGUGUGGAAAAACUCUGGAUACAUAUUUGGAAUAGCGACAACAACACUCACGGGCGUCUCACAACACCUUCAUCAGUGAGGAUGUCGCGCUGGGUGCCCACGAAGAAAGAGAAGUAUGGAGUAGCCAUCUAUAACUAUGACGCUCGCAGUGAUGAAGAGCUUUCCUUACAGAUCGGGGACACUGUACACAUUCUGGAGACUUAUGAAGGAUGGUAUCGAGGGUAUCGGCUGAGGAGAAAAUCGAAGAAGGGUGUGUUUCCAGCUUGUUACAUACAUCUGAAGGAGGCCACGGUUGAAGGCAGUGGACAAAAGGAGACGGUCAUUCCUACUGAGCUUCCUCUGGUUCAUGAGGUCACGACUACACUGCGAGAAUGGGCGGCGAUAUGGAGGGACCUAUAUGUGUGUUUCCAACAGGGCGACAAGCGUGAGAUGUUCAACACGGUCCGAGACAUGAUCUAUGACUUGAUUGAGUGGCGCUCCCAGAUCCUGUCCGGCACGCUCCCGCAGGACGAGAUGUCGGAGCUCAAACAGAAAGUCACCUCCAAGAUGGACUACGGGAACAAGUAUUUAGACCUAGAUCUGGUGGUGAGAGAUAAAGAUGGGAAUAUUCUGGAUCCUGACCUGACCAGCACUAUCAAUCUGUUCCGAGCGCACGAAGCCGCGUCCAAGCAGAUUGAAGCUCGCAUUCAAGAGGAAAAGUCUCAGAAGCAGAACUUGGAUUUGAGCAGGCAGGCGAAGUUUGCCUCCACUCCCUCGUUUGCCUUGUUCGUCACGCUCAAGAAUGUCGUCUGCAAAAUCGGAGAAGAUGCAGAAGUGCUGAUGUCACUAUAUGAUCCCAUUGAGUCCAAGUUUAUCAGUGAAAACUAUCUUGUGCGCUGGUCCAGCUCAGGUUUGGUGAAAGACAUCGAUCAGCUUCAUAACCUGCGUGCCGUGUUCACGGAUCUGGGGAGUGAAGACCUGAAGAGGGAGAAAAUCAGUUUUGUUUGUCAGAUCGUUCGAGUGGGCCGAAUGGAGCUCAGGGAUAACAACACUAAGAAAUUAACAUCCGGCCUUCGCAGACCCUUUGGUGUGGCAGUAAUGGACGUCACAGACAUCAUCACGGGCAAGAUGGACGAUGAGGACAAGCAACACUUCAUUCCCUUCCAGCCGCUAGCGUUGGAUGACGCCAUUCGCCACAGGCAGCUGAACAUCUCCCGUUUUUCACCCAGGGUGGCGGGCGAGAACGACUUCCUCCAGACCGUCAUCAACAAGGUCAUCGCUGCCAAAGAGGUCAAUCACAAAGGUCAAGGUUUGUGGGUUACACUGAAGUUGCUUCCAGGUGAUAUUCAUCAGAUUCGUAAAGAUUUCCCUCACCUGGUGGACCGUUCCACCGCAGUCGCUCGCAAAAUGGGCUUCCCAGAAAUCAUCAUGCCAGGUGAUGUUCGUAAUGACAUUUACGUGACGCUGGUUCAGGGGGAUUUUGAUAAAGGCAGUAAGACAACACCCAAGAACGUGGAGGUCACCAUGUCUGUACAUGAUGAAGAUGGAAAGAAACUCGAGAACGUGAUCUUCCCUGGUGCUGGAGAUGAAGGCAUUCUGGAGUACAAAUCGGUCAUCUACUACCAGGUCAAACAGCCACGCUGGUUUGAAACCUUCAAGGUCGCGAUCCCAAUUGAAGACGUCAACAGGAGUCACCUGCGGUUCACAUUCAAACACAGAUCGUCUCAGGACUGCAAGGAUAAAUCAGAGAAAAACUUUGCUCUGUCGUUUGUCAAGCUGAUGAGGUAUGACGGCACGACGCUGAGGGACGGAGAACACGAUCUCAUCGUCUAUAAGGCAGAAGCCAAGAAAUUGGAGGACUCCACCAUGUACCUGAGCUUGGCCUCCACCAAACCGGAGAUGGAAGAAAGAAAUCCAUCGUCAGGGAAGAACACGCAGAAUCUUGGCAGCUUCACCAUCAGCAAAGACUCGUUUCAGAUCUCAACGCUGGUGUGCUCCACCAAGCUCACACAGAACGUUGAUCUCCUGGGGCUACUGAAGUGGAGGUCCAACACUAGUUUACUACAGCAAAACCUGCGUCACCUGAUGAAAGUGGAAGGAGGGGAGGUGGUCAAGUUUCUGCAGGAUACUUUGGACGCCCUCUUCAACAUUAUGAUGGAGAACUCGGACAGUGAAACAUUUGAUACUCUUGUGUUUGAUGCUCUGGUCUUCAUAAUUGGACUGAUCGCAGACAGGAAGUUCCAUCAUUUCAAUCCGGUUCUGGAGACCUACAUCCGCAAGCACUUCAGCGCCACCCUUGCUUACACAAAGCUGACAAAAGUCCUGAAGAAUUAUGUGGAUAAUGCGGAGAAGCUCGCGGAGCAGCUGCUGAAAGCUCUGAAGGCUUUGGAUUACAUCUUCAAAUUCAUCGUGAGGUCCCGGGUUCUCUUCAACCAGCUCUACGAGAACAAAGGCGAGAGUGAUUUCAUGGAGUCCCUGAGGAAUCUCUUUGCUUCUUUUAACGCCAUGAUGAACAGCAGUGCUGAGGGGACCGGCGGGGUGAAGGGUGCUGCACUGAAAUAUGUCCCAACUAUUGUCAACGAUCUGAAACUGGUCUUUGACCCAAAGGAGCUCAGUAAGCUGUUCAGUGAGUUUAUACUCAAAGUUCCUCCGGGACGUCUGGUGAAGCAGAAGUUGAACUGCAUGAUUGACAUCGUCCACAGCGACCUGUUUACUCAGCAUGACUGCAGAGAGAUCCUGUUGCCUUUGAUGACGGAGCAGCUCAAACUUCAUCUGGAGAAUAAUGAAGAGCUGGACUCCUGCUGUCAACUGCUCAGCAACAUCCUGGAGGUGCUUUACAGGAAGGACGUGGGUCCGACGCAGUGGCACGUCCAGAUCAUAAUGGAGAAGCUACUGAGGACCGUAAACAGGACCGUGAUCUCCAUGGGCAGAGACUCUGCUCUCAUAGGCAGUUUUGUAGCCUGUAUGACCGCGACUCUACGGCAGAUGGACGACUAUCACUACGCCCACCUCAUCAGCACCUUUGGGAAGAUGCGCACAGACGUAGUGGAUUUCCUCAUGGAGACGUUUAUCAUGUUUAAGGAUCUCAUUGGAAAGAAUGUCUAUCCUGCUGACUGGGUCAUUAUGAACAUGAUGCAAAAUAAAGUCUUCCUGCGAGCCAUCAAUCAGUACGCCGCCGUACUCAGCAAGAAGUUCCUCGAUCAAACCAACUUUGAGCUGCAGUUGUGGAAUAACUACUUCCAUCUCGCUGUGGCGUUCCUUACCCAGGAGUCUUUGCAGCUGGAGAACUUCUCAAGUGAUAAACGGGCCAAGAUCUUCCACAAGUAUCAAGACAUGCGGCGACAGAUUGGCUUUGAGAUCCGAGACAUGUGGUACAACCUAGGUCAACACAAGAUCAGGUUUAUCCCCGAGAUGGUGGGUCCGAUUCUGGAGAUGACGCUGGUUCCGGAGAUCGAGCUGCGUAAAGCCACCAUUCCCAUCUUCUUUGACAUGAUGCAGUGCGAGUUUCACUUCAGACGCUGUUUCCAGAUGUUUGAGCUCGAGAUCAUCACCAAGCUGGAUCACGAGGUGGAAGGCGGCCGAGGAGACGAACAGUACAAAAUCCUCUUCCAGAAGAUUCUGUUGGAGCACUGCAGGAAGCACAAGUAUCUGGCUAAGACUGGUGAAACCUUCGUGACUCUGGUGGUCCGUCUGUUGGAGAGACUUCUGGACUACAGGACCAUCAUGCACGACGAGAACAAGGAGAACCGCAUGAGCUGCACAGUUAACGUGUUGAAUUUCUACAAGGAGAUCGAGAGGGAAGAGAUGUACAUCAGGUACCUGUACAAGCUCUGUGACCUGCAUAAGGAGUGUGAUAACUACACAGAAGCCGGAUACACCCUACUGCUGCACGCUAAACUCCUCAAGUGGUCUGAAGAUGCGUGUGCCGCCCACCUGACGCAGAGAGACGGAUACCAGGCGACCACUCAGUGUCAACUCAAAGACCAGCUGUACCAGGAGAUCAUCAAUUACUUCGACAAGGGCAAGAUGUGGGAGGAGGCCAUUAUCCUGGGGAAGGAGUUAGCCGAACAGUACGAGAACGAGAUGUUUGACUUUGAGCAGCUGAGCGCCUUACUGAGGAAGCAGGCUCAGUUUUAUGAGAGCAUUGUGAAAGUGAUCAGACCAAAGCCGGACUACUUCGCUGUAGGUUAUUACGGGCUGGGCUUCCCCUCUUUCCUCCGGAAUAAGAUGUUCAUCUAUCGAGGGAAGGAGUAUGAGCGGUGGGAGGAUUUCGUAGCGAGACUGCUGACUCAGUUCCCCAACGCUGAGAAGAUGAAGACCACCACCCCUCCCAGCGAGGACAUCAGGAGCUCCUCUGGGCAGUACAUUCAAUGUUUCACAGUGAAGCCCAUCCUUGAACUACCACCCAAGUUUCAGAACAAACCUGUUUCAGAGCAGAUUGUGAGCUUUUACACCGUGAAUGAAGUCCAAAAGUUCCAGUAUUCACGGCCGGUCCGGAAAGGAGAGAAAGAUCCAGACAAUGAGUUUGCAAACAUGUGGAUUGAAAGGACGACUUACGUAACCGCAUAUAAGCUGCCUGGCAUCCUGCGCUGGUUUGAAGUCGUGUCUGCCUCUCCGGAGGAAAUCAGUCCCCUUGAGAACGCUAUGGAAACCAUGCAACUGACCAAUGAGAAAAUCAGCAACAUGGUCCAGCGCCACCUUAACGACCCCAGCCUUCCCAUCAACCCCCUCUCUAUGCUCCUCAACGGCAUCGUGGACCCAGCUGUCAUGGGCGGCUUUGCUAAUUAUGAGAAGGCAUUUUUCACUGAGAAAUACAUCCAGGAACAUCCAAAUGACCAGGAGAAGAUUGAACGGCUGAAGGAUUUGAUUGCCUGGCAGAUCCCGAACCUGGCUGAAGGAGUUCGUAUCCACGGCGAGAAGGUGACGGAGGCCCUUCGACCGUUUCACGAGCGUUUGGAGGCGUGUUUCAAACAGCUCAAAGAGAAGGUGGAGAAGCAAUACGGCGUCAGAACACUACCUCCCGUGUCAGAUGAGCGGCGGGGCAGUCGGCCACGUUCAAUGGUUCGGUCAUUUACCAUGCCGUCGUCUCAGAGACCGCUGUCUGUCGCGUCUAUGACCUCCAUAUCAUCAGACAACUCUCCUUCCAGACCGGGAUCUGACGGAUUUGCCUUGGAGCCUCUCUUACCAAAGAAGCAGCACUGUAAGUCUCAGGAUAAACUGGAUCGAGAUGAACCUGAGAAAGACAAGAAGGAGAAAAAGAAGGAGAAGAGGAACAGUAAACACCAGGAGCUGUUUGAUAAGGAGCUGAAGACCGCUGAUAUCCCCCCGCAGCCCAGUGAGGCCGUCAUACUGUCAGAGACCAUCAGUCCGUUGAGGCCCCAGAGGCCGAAGAGUCAGGUGAUCAACUUACUGGGUGAGAAAAGACUCUCCGUGUCUCCAGGAGCCCCGGCCAACCCAUCUGUGCCCAGCGUCCCGCCUCCCAUCACCCCCCGGGUCAAACUGCAGUUCAGCUUACUGUCUGGAUCCAAUCUAGAGCUAAAUGGGACAGGUUAUGGAGAUAAGGGGGAAACCCCGCCCCCACUUCCUGUCAAGAGCAGCAUGGGUGACUAUGGAAACCUAAUGGACAAUUCAGACCUGGCCAGUCCGACCACGCCCCCUCCACCACCGCCACACCCACGGCACCUUCCGCCCCCUUUACCCAGCAAGACCCCUCCACCUCCCCCUCCAAAGACCACGCGAAAGCAGACCUCCAUCGACUCGGGAAUCGUCCAGUAAGCGAGAAGACGGUAUCGUCAAACGGAGACAUCCACAUCGGCCCUCUUUCAACGAUUUUACGUCAACAUCCCUGACAGUAUGGCAUGAUGAAUACCUCACCUCAGCCCCUCUCAUAACGGCUGAUUAUUAUGUGUCCACUGCCGGACCAGCGCUCGAGGCCUCCACCGAGUGACAGUACGAACUGAGAGACAGACGCAGUCUAUUUCAAAUCACUCCAGAUUUCAGAAAAGCAGCUGACGCCUCGCCAGACAACAGCACAUAUAGAUGCAGUGUAACUGGAGUCAGGGAAUUCUGGGGAUUUUUGGCAGAUGGUGCAUGUUUAACUAAAACUAAAGAUGAAUUAUGGUUUUUCUCUCUUUAGGCAGAAAUGUAGUCGGGAAGACGCUUUUUAUGCACAUUAUCAUCGAGACACAUGACCAGUUCAUAAUCAAAGUUUCCUCUUUCUCUCAUUUUUAUUCUAUUUUUAUCCUCAAUAUAUACACAUUUAUGUACAGAGGUUUGUAUAUAUGAUUUUAUUUUAUUGCUUUUCUUGAAAGUAAAUUUUAUGUUUUUUUUUUUUUAUAUGCAGUUUAUAAAAAUAAUUGGCAUUUUUAUCCAAAAAGGGUUGAUUUUUGUUUUUUAAUGAGAGGGACAGUAAAGGUAUUCUUACAUGUAUCUUUUAUUGAUUUUAUUUUGUUGUUGUUGUUCUUUCACAUUUGGAGUGAAAACAACUAAAAGUCAUUGUACCAAUCAAGCUUAUAAACCACAUAAAAGCAACAGAUAACAUUGACUGCUCCAAAUCCACUACUGACUUCUGAAUAAACUCAAUGUAUGUAUUUGUAAA